AGCCUUCCUUCUUAAAAACUUAUCGAAAACAACUCAUAAUGGUAUUAUUUUGGCUGGCCUUGGACAAUCACAAUUACCGUUAUAAAUAAAGAAUAUUUUCCACAUCGAGAUAUCACUACUCUAUUCAAGCGCAAAACUCUGGCAAGAUGAUUUCCAGAAAUCAGAUGUAUUUCUUCAAGUGAUUCACUGUUGUGAAAAGUGCAGGUGAUUAUAGGUAAGAUAUAUCAUUGUUCUUGCUUAUAAGCUCUCAUUUUGCAAAAAAAAGCUCUGAAAAGGCUAGGGGAAGAAUAUGUUUUGGCGAUUUUUAUUUACUUCGUUUUCAGUGGCUUCAUCCUCCUCCAGUUUAUAAAAACAUGUAGCGUUUUCAAAGCUAUAAAAGCACAAAGUGGCUUCGUACUGAAAUUCAUAUUAAAAUGCUAUCCAUUUUAAACCGCUUAAAGUAAACUAACAGUAUCAAAAUAUUGUUUAUAUUGUGUUAGCUGGUUAUGCUUGUAUCGGAUAGCGUUCUUUUAAUCUACAGACUGUUCUUUCAAGUUUUAGCAUUGUGAACAAAAACAACACUGUUCAUGUACCUUAGCCCAUAAGCCAAUUUUUUUAUCCCCAAUCAACUUCGUAAAACUACGUUAUUUCAUCGCUUCCUUCAUAACUGUGUUCAGUGGUGAAUAGUUUCUUCGUAUUUGUAUAUAAGAAGUGAAUAGAAAACUGUGAGAAAGCUAGGUUGAGUUUUGGCAGAAAUGAAAUGAAUUACAGCUUAAUUUGACAAACUAUUCCUGGAGAUUCAGCCACCAGUGUUCCACGGUGGCUGAAUACAGUAGUGUCAAAAACCAAUGGGUAAUACAUCAGUGCAAUCCCAAUUUAUAGUACGCAUCCUUUUCGAAAUUUUACAUCGGAACAUCUGACACAUAUAGGAAAAACUAGGAUCGGAAUGAGAACAAAAAAGACAAUAAGUUAAAUUUUGCUGAUUUCCUUCUUUAGUUCAGUUUAUUUAAAUGCCGUCAACCCCUAAAGACGCCAUUUGUUGCUUUCUUUCUUGUCCGCGCGAUUGCCGAUCUUCUCGUAAAAUUCAAUUUUGUCCACUGAGAAAGAAGCUUGUUACUGAUUACUUGUCAAAAACUCUCAUUUGUUAGUGAUUUAAAAACGGAAAUACAUAAAUGAGUAAAAUAUAUCAGCAAUUAAACACCUAGUCUUGUAUUGGGCAGUGCGUUUGAAUCAACCUUUUGCUGUUAGAUUAUAGGCGCUACGUCGUAAUAUUUUGAAUAAUUUUUUUUGGGACGGUUAAAAGAAGUUUUAACUUCGACAGGGCUAAAAGAUAUUUGAACGGUAAGAAGGAUGAACCGAGAGUGAACAAGGAUGGCAGGGGAUGUAGAAGAUUAAGAUAACACAAUCCAUGUCGGGGUUCCUAUAAAACCCGAUUCGUCCCUUAUCCUAAAUCAUGUAUUUGUGACACCCGUGGCUGUUUUUAGUUGUGUUUGGAAGAGUCCAGUAGAGUAAUCAACGCCGUCUGCGGGCUUCUCUCCCAGUCGGCGACAUCGCAGAUUAAACCUAAACAUUGCAAUGAGUGAUACCGGUUGCUAUAAUGAGAUCAGUCAUGUCUGUUUUCACUGAGGGGUUUAAAAACGUAUCUGUAACAACGCUCACUGUGACAUUCAAAGAAAAAUAAUCGAACUACGACUCUUUCAAUGAUCAUGAUGAUUAUAGUUGUAGCUAGUUGUGUUAUGGAGGAAAAGCGAAUUUUCUGAGACUGAGCAGUCGCCAAAACCUAUGACGUCAUCUGAGAUGGCUUCCAAUACGGCAUCUACGAUAGCGGCCAUUUGUGGUAUCGUGGACGGUUGAACUUUGUCAACAAGGGACAGUGUCACUUAACGUACAGUAAAACUGAAAAUUGCCGCUUUUUAAAAGCUUCUGAUGAAGAAACGUCCUCAAUAAUUAAGUGAAUAGCGUGAAUUCUUUGUUGAAAAUGGUUUAAUUUUCUAUUCUUUACCAGGAGCCCAUUACUUUAGUAAUGGGUUCCUGUCUGUACUCAUGACAUUAUAAAUCGCUUCACAGCAAUCGUCGGACUAACAUUUGACUUUAUCAAGAAGUGCCUAAUGGAUUGAAAACAUCAAAUGUAAACAACAGCUGUUUAUACGACUUCCUUUGCAAAAAGUCUGAUAAAAAGUAAAGAAAUGUUAUGAAAUUCAGAUUCUCUGCCAUUUUAUUUCGCGUUAGAGAGUUCAGUUGGUAAUGAUCAUUAAUUUGACUGGUAACUAUCCUAGAGGCGAUAAUAUUUGAAAAAAGGAGACGAUAUUCUUAAGUGAAAGUUUUGAACGAUUUAAUUGUAACUAAAAGCUUUAUCAAAGCCAGAUAACCCAUACUAUUGCGCCAAAUGUUGAUUUUUCUUAUCAGUAACACAUCUGAAACCUCGCUAAAAGAAAGAUCACAGCUUUUUCGCUCAAACUGUAUUUAUAUUGAACCUAAAAUAAAGUAACACUACCAUACAAAACAAAUAGUUCUCUAAUUUGAUGCAGAAGUAAGCUCUUAUAACCAUUGGCAAUAAUUUCCUUGAAAAAUUUGGCCUUCAACGACACUUUUAAUAGCAUUAAGUUUAUUAAGAUAACUCUCCUGAUAAUAGUAACUUGCGUGAACUCACAUCUUAAGCUGAAUUUUAAAAGCUAAAAAUUGAUUUGAAAAUGCAUAAAUAAUAUCUUCAUUGGCUCUUCAGGUACGCAGAGGAAUUAAAAUCGAGGAUGUUUAUUCCUUAUAUAAGCUUAAAUUAUCAAUUUUGAUGGAGGAAUGCUCUAGAUUUUGCAGAAUAACUUCUGUAGUGCCCACUCACCGGUUGCAUGGGCAGAUAAUGCGAUAUCCCUAAAACAUUCGACUGAAACAGCAUACAUAAAAUAUUAGCCCCUUGUAUUCACUUUACGAAAUACUUGACGAGAGAAUAUAGAGAGAUUACGUGUUUCAUUAAUGCAAUAAAUUUUAUGUUCCUCAGGACAAUUUUACGCCGGGAUCUGCCUCUUCAAAACUGACAGUGGUAAGACAAAAAGAUACAAUAGAACAAGAAAAUCAUGAAUAAAAUAAAUGAAAAGAGUAAAUAUUAAUAAUGUUCUCGGUGAGAUUCUAAAUCAUUUUAAGUAUCUAAUAGUAAAUAUCAUGCUCAGAAUGACAAAAAAUAAAAAUUCAAAAUUGAACAAUUGAUCGUAGUAACUGGGUCUGGUUCAGUCAAAACAAAAAUUAAUAUUUUUAUCUUUUUUUUAAAUAAAUCCUCACAUUCCAUUGCACAAGCAGUUAUCGAUAUUUCUUUCCUUGCGAACGUGUCAAAUAACUUUAUCGCCUUAUUACAAUUUUUCAAUUAUGCGGUUUGGAAAUUAGAAUGAAUUUCUAAUGAUAUUUGUCUUUCAUGUGAGAAUAUCAUUGGUUAAAGAUGGAAAUCCCCCUAUUGGUUAAUUAGUUUUGUGACUCUGUGUUUAUUCUAAGAAAUAGUUUAAUGGUAUUUCGGCGCUCGGAGCUUCCCAUGUUAUGGCGUGUGCCUCUGUUUGAUAAAAUGACAUUUGUUUUGAAUUUGAUUGGCUCAAAAUCCAUAAAACUUCAUUUGCUUAAAAUGUGAAUAAAAACAUUUAAUCGCAUGUCUUUCUCGAAAAGAAAGAGUUUAAAAAAAAGCAAGAAUUAAAUAAGAUUAUCCAAUUUUCACAUGAUACAAUAUCUGUAACCUCUAUUUUUUCUAUUAUUAAUAUUUAACGCAAAUUUCCCCACAGCCAAAUAAUUUACAAGAAAUUCCAGGGAGGCGAUUAGCUUCAUCACAAUUUAAAAACCACCUAAGAAAGAGAGGCGAGACAUUCCGCACGGCACAAGGCGAAUCACUCUGUUGGAAUCGGCUGUGAUCUGUGGAAUUCAAGGUAGGGAACUUGUAGGCAAGGCCGUCUAAUCGCGUGCUAUUUCAGUUGGAGCAAAUGAGCUGAGAAUCGUGUAACAUUUGAGGCAAUGAGCUCAAAAACGAAACCCCGGGAAUUCUUUUUCUUAGACAAACUAAGUUCAUUUCUAAGAUUGAUUUGACUUCGCAAGUGACGUUCAGCUGAGUCGCUAAUUCUAGCAGUAUGCACGCAGCUUGUCCUAUGUAAAGCUAUUUAAUGGGUACUUUGUGGCCAAGUUCACCAAAAUGUGCUCACGAAGCAUCAGAACGCGAAAUUCUACUGAGUGUGAAGUUCGAUUUGUCUCAAGAGACUCGAGGAAGACGUUUUACAUAUUUUUUAAUUAUAUAACUAUUUUUACCAAAUGUAAACAAAUGUUGGUUCCGUUUGAAACACCAUCUGCCCCGACUUUUUGUAAAUAUGGGUGAUAGAGGUUUUUCAAACUCAACAUUAGAGAGAAAAUUAUGUCUCUUUGAGCGAGUUGACCAGUUUCCUACAUCUGUUCAGAUGCAUAUUCAGCAAGAGAUAACAUAAAAAUAUGACUUCGACCUUUGAUCAGUUCUGGUUAGUAGUUUAAAAAGUACUUCAUACUUAUGCGGUUUUUCUGUACGACGGUGUUCUUUAAAGGUGUCUGUUAUCCAAAAAUCUUCAAUUAAAUUCGGCUAAUUCGCAAUUUUAACAGAGACGAACGAGAAAUGAUUUAACUGAUAAAAUAUGCAACAGUCCCCGAGAUGUCUGAAAACAAAAGGAAGUGCAGCUUGAUCAAAUGUUACGGAAUAGAGCUUCUUAUGUUAAAGCGGCCAUGUUAUUGACUGGCUAUCGUCAAUAAAUUAUCUUUAGGUUUACAAGUUCGCCAUUUGCAAUGCGUAUCAAUCUUCUCCGCGCUCACCGUUUCGGCUUUUUUUUUUUUCUUAUCUUACCUAACUUACAUUUUGUGGUUUUCUCACGUCAAAAGUAAUUUUUUAUGUCGCUCAAGGCGUUUUGCUUCCUUUUCAUUUUAACGAUGGUACGAUUUUUAGACGUUGUCAUUAAGAUGUGCCUGAACUUAACUUGACAUUGUAAUCUUCUACCCAAAUCCCAUGCCACAUGGAGUGCUUCAAAUAGAAUUUCUUUUCAGAUACUCGACCAUACAUUUGAAAUUUAUCGGUCUUACUCAAGGAUCCCGCUGUUGUUUUGUCUGGUUUACCUUUACAGCCAUCCCUCGCACUCUCGCACUAACCGCACACCGACGGAAAUGCCAUCUCAAAAACAUUUUUUUUUCAUAUACCUCUGAAGUUAAAACUAUACUUGAAGAUAUAACCCUUGUUACAACAAAAAGAGCAUUUCUGUUUACAUAAUAAUCGAUACAAUGUAUAUAACUGCUGAAUAGUUUGUCUAAUUUCCUUGCUUGCAAAUUUUUACAAACUAAUUUUCUCAAGAUUUUUUUCAUUUUGCAGACUCUGCUGCAUUAGCGCGCUCGAUUCGUUCAUUUAAAUAAACACAUCUGAAGAAUUUUUUAAGUUUAAUCUUAAGAAAUUCAUCUAAGUUAAGUGAAAAAUGUUUAUCAAUUUCAUUUUUUUUAAGUAUAAUUUUAUUUUCUUGGAAGACUUUGGUUUUUGACUAAUUAUUUUUUUAAAAGAAACUUUGUUCUAGUUUCUUCCGUGACUCAAGAAUUCUGAAUGAAAUGUAGCUUAACUUUAAGGCUCUAAUUCACGUAGAGAGACAUUCUUUAUGGUUGGAAAGUGAAGGUAAUCUACUCAAUAUCCGGACACAAGUGACUGUCGGCUUUUUUAUCAUCAUGUUUGUUUACAAAGCUUUACAUAAAAGUCUCCGGAAAAAGAGAUGUUUCACAUGAUAUAUGUAUUGCCUCCCACAACUCUGGACUCGUAUUUACAUCAAACACCGAUGAGUGCCAUGUAUUUUUGAGGUUUAAAACAUAAAGUCUGCAAGAUUACAGGAUAAUACUAUACAUUAUGACGGAUAGCUUAAUCUAAAUCGAGUUGAGUGUAUAUAGAUCUAUAUAUCCGAACGUGAUUCAGAAACGAAAGCUUGGAGCCUGUUGCGAAACAGAGUGAGUUAUUUACUCCUCGAAAGAGAAGAAGGUGAGUGACGUAAAUGUUUAACAAAAGUGGACGGAUCUGAUUCAGGUAUAGUUUCCCAUUUGCUUUCUGUGAGGUGCAGAAUAACUUUCAGCGUGAGGGUAACCACAAUAAAUUAUUUGCACCAAAAUGUGGGAAAUAAACCCACAAGAACGUGGUUAACAUUGUGGAAGAUUUACACCAAUUGGAAAUUGCUAAUUUGAGAAAGUUAGGUCCUUUCUUCCAAGACGCACAAAAUGUAAUAGAGAAACUCGUUCGAGGAGAAGUUCACUCAACAGACAUGUUUCCUUACGUUAUUUCUGAAAAGAAGCAAGAACUAGAACCUUUCGUAAAAGUGAAAAAUAAAAGAAUUAUAUUCGAGAAAUAUAGAUACUCAAUUGCGCACGUUAAGCCACCUUAUCGACAGAAGCACGCGAGUUUUUAUGGUAGCAAUAAAGCUAAAUAAGAAAGUGUCUUUUCUUCAGAAGCCUAUGUGCUUCUGUUUACGCUUACUGAACCUCGAAUUGCGGGUCAGGAAGCGGCUGAAGAGCGCAAAUUAAAUAUUUUGUGGUGAAGUAGAAAAUACUGUCUUUAAAUUUCUCUCUGAGCCAUUAGUCGAGUGACAAGUCUCCAAACAAAACUGUAUGACUGGCGAUUUGUUAUUUUUGCAUCUAAAAUACCUUUUACGCAUUCUUUACCUAUAUUUUAACCAGGGGUGCAACUCACUCAGGCCUUUUAAAAAACGAAACACAUCUCUUGCAAUAUGCACAACAUUUACAGAAUAAUACAUCUAUAAAAUACUGUGAAGGAUUAGUUCUAAUUCUUCAUUGACAGAAUUUUCAGAAAUCAUAUCUUAACGAUAGAAAAAAAUGCCUGUGGGGUUUUUAAGGGGUCUAACGUCUCUCGUCCUAUGCAAGUAAAAUUAAGUUUCCUGUACUGAAAAAAAAAGUUCAAUUAAGUUACUUGGGUAGCCUUCUUUUUCGAUCUCCAGCUUUAUAUUUUCGUUAUCUUUACCGUAAAUGGAGCUGUUCACUCGCAGGCUAAGCUGAUUGCAACCACAAGAAUGGGAAUGGAAAAGGAAAAUAUUCUUGCAUAAAUAAUAUAUCUAAGUUUUUGAUCGGUAAUUUUUGAAGGGGCCAUUAACAUGAUGUCUAUCUAUAAUUCAUAACUAUCUUAAAAUUUCCAGAAUAGCGAGGACAAAAUUAAAAACUCUCUAACAUAAAGCGAAGGGAGCGUUUGGUUUAAAAGACAAUAAAUGAUACAUCGGAAGGGGUCAGAACUGGGUACGUUCCACAAGUUCCCUGCUUGGCGCCAAUGAGAUAUUCAUAGUGGAAUUCUAAUAUUUUGAGAUUUGCAAAGGUUUAUAAUCCAAAUAAUCUAUCACAUCCUCACGAUCAACAAUUCAAUGGUGUUGUCGUUGAUGCCAUUAAAAGUUGUGGAGGAGUACCACAAAAGUUAAAACUCUAACUUCUCAAUAUGGCUGUCGAUAGGAAGUAAUCUGAAGGCUCGACUUCGUAACUGAGAGGAAAGUAAUAUCAAAGAUGCUUUAAGGCAGCUUGAUGACCAUAGAAGGCGUCCAACUCCCUCGGGGCAAAUCUGGCAAGCCAUUUUAUACCAAAAUAAAAUAAGUGUUGCCUUAUGUUUGCACCACUUUCCAGCAUGUUAAUGAACGAUUUUCUCAAGCGCAUACGUCAUGAAAUUUUUCAUUCACAAUAUUUGGUGGCGUAAAAUUAAGCAUGAGUUCCAAAAGGAUAUGAUUGCCGCUUUUCAAUACGUAAUUAAACAGCUCCUAAGUGUGAAUAUUCACGUUUUUAUUAAUAAUUUUUUUAAUAAUGUUCCUUUCCCGACGAAAUCGUUGGUGGUUUUAUAAAAACAUUUAUUUGAGACGCCUUAAAGUCUGUUGAUUUUUUUUUCCUGAUUAGUUUUUUUAAAAUUCAGUUUGUUCCGAAGAGUGAUUUAUACACAUGCAAUAUUUAGCGCUUGUAAAGUAUUCAAUAUGCUUAAAAGCCAUCAUCCUCUGAAAUUUGGUUUCCCCUGAUGAACAAUUUACAAAUAAUGCUUAAGCUAUCAUGGUUUCCUUCUUCAAGCCUGGGUUCGAUGUUUGGGGAUGUUCUCCAAUCUGCAAUCUCAUUCCCUCAGGGUAUAUCGUCUUCUAUACUUGGACCCCUUGCAGACAUUGCAUAAUUCAGGUUUGAGUGGCGACAAUUAUAAUAAACUUUUAUUAAUAUUGCAUGGUGUUCGCGGGUAGGAUAUGGGUAAUAAAUUGACCACAUUUUGUUUUCAGCGCGAUUCAUUCGGUAAAUCUCGCAAACAAUUAACGGAGGCAAAACUCAAAGAAAACAUUUGAGGAGACACUUCUUAUCUCAGAGCAAACAUUUGAGGGUGAAAUAACCUGAGCCGAAGAAUUACGUCGUAGUCAUUGGAGGUAAGGCAAUGUUUUAGUAUGUCUCCACCGAGCACUCACGCUCGUACAAGGUACUCAUUCCAAAAUAAACAAAACGAUCGAUACGCGUAACGACAUUUUGUGACGAAAUCGAAAACGUUGAAAUUCGAUGAGUUAACCGCGGAUCAGUUUAGUCUUACGAGCAAACGGAAAUUACUGGAUACUGAAGUUUUAGCUGAACGUAGGAUAUGAAAAUUACAAGAUGCUUGUUUUUCACAGCUUAAUAGCUUGAGGUCGUAACUUUCGGCCAGCGUGAGUUCUUUUCACAAUUCAGAAACUUUAAUAAGCUAGGAGGAAAAAUUUCCUAAAAAUGUUCGUCAGUUUACUUUAGCAUUUGUCAGCAUUCAACUCUGAAGUUUUCCAUAGUAUUAAAAAAAUUCCACUUUCACAUCGUUAUAUUUCUCUUUUCCUUAGUUUGAGAUUUAUAUAUUCUUUACAUAGAUCCGGUCACCGUUACCAAUCUAUUGUUUCAGUUGAUAAUGCAUAUCGCAACGGGUUCUUAGUGUAGUAAAAUCUAUCCUUUUAAUUUUUUCGCGAUUUAAAAUCGAAAGCUUAAAUGAUACACUGUACUGACAAUUUCAAAAUUUCAAUCACUCAGCAUGGCACGACGAAAUAAGCUAAGCCAACCUUCUUUUAAUUUGAGUAAGCUAAAGAAAAAAAUGAGCUUGACCCAAUAAAUUUUCCAAAAAAAUCUGAUUAACAUAGUUGUUUGUGUUUGUGGGAACGAAGAUGAAUUUUUCUAUAAAAAACAAUUCAGAACCAGAACUAUCUACCGCAAACAUCGAUAUUUUGGCUUUAACAACUUGUGAAACCAAACAAACAAUGAAAACCGCAACUAUUAGUGUCAGCUAUAGCUAAAUUGUUCCUUCGAGUGUUCCUUCGGCCAGAGAUGUCUUGAAUAAUAACUGAGGAAAAUCAUCAUCCCAAAGGAAUCCUGGUAAACAAGCCCACGCUUUAGUGUUGGAAAGUAAAAUAUCAAAGAUAUUCUUCUGUUCGCAAGAUUGUUUUACCCCGUAUCAUUCUAAACGUAACAAGAAGCAAUAUUGAUGUUACCAAAUCUGAGAGGUUUUUUUCUUGCGGUAUGUCACGACUCAAAGGGCUUCUAGCAGCCACUAGACUUAAUAAUUCACUGUUGGCGUGGGUUUUUUUCACCCGAAGCCGAGUAAUUAGUGAACUUUGGUCGAGUGGAGCUUUCUUUUUAUGCAAUUAAACUGUUAAGGUAGUGUGCUCUGCGGGGUAUCAGCUCCAAGUGCCCUAAAAACAAAAAUUUUUCUCGUUCAUUUGAAUCCACAUAAACGUCAAGUCAAAAAUCUUUGAACGCUCGAUUCCUAUACUCAUUCUCCUUUUCAAUCCUUUUUAAUUAUGCAAGCAUUUAUUAAACCUUAUUCUUGGAGUAACUCUUAAAUUAAUGAGGCUUCAUCAAAAUUUGACAUCAUAUGAGACUUAUGAGCUCCAAGUUCAUGAAUAAUUAGGUAUGUUCAAUAAUCGUUUCAAUUAACAGGUCUUACAUAUAUUCCAAGGCUCUCUAUUUAAGUGUUCAUAAACAACAUUUUCAUUUACGGAGUCAUUUAAAAUCACGAAACCUCAAAUACAAAAAUAGAUAAGUCUGUAUACAAGACAGAUCGAUUAGCACAGUUAAAAAAUUCAGAUUAUCUCGUUUCCAAUUCCGUUACUCGACGGCAAGUUCUCCUGUUAAGUUUUUCGGUUCCUUCGAAAGUUCACAGGUACUCUUUGUCUUCCUGGAUAGAGAGAAGCUCUGUGAGAUUUUAGUGUCUUACUCAAAGAUACAACACUUCGGCCUUCCUACGCUUUAAACCCAAACAUUAGGAUUAGGAGUCCUACGCACCAAAUGCUAACUUAGAGCGUCUCCCACAGUGAAACACAAAUAUAAAAAGGCUCCAAUUAUUUUCGUAUUCUUAAAGCAGAAACAAAAUCAACAGAACGGCAUAAAAGUAUAAUAAAAUGAUGUUGAAAUCGGAAUAGGAGACGCGUCGGCGCACUUGAGUCUUCGCCAUAGUCAUCGCGAAGACCUCUCGUACAAUACACUUUAAACUUACAGCGCCUCUCUACAACUGCGAGUAUAAAUGAUUAAACCAGAAAAUCAUUAGGAAACACACACAGAAAAUUGGAUUGGCAUUCCAUUAAGGUGGAAUAGUAGUUAUUUAAGUUGCUUCCUGCUAGUGAAGGAGGAUAAGGCCCAUUGUUUUCUCUUGUUAACUGUGUAGUCGUAGCUUAAAAGUUGAAAAACCCUGGUAUACUGUGCCAGAUGCAUUUCUUCCAGUGUAUUUUAUACAGGGCUUUUUGCGCCUAAAAAUACAAAUUGUGACUAAAAUAUGAAUCGCUGGUGUUAAAACGAAUCGUAAGUGCUGACUGGCAACUUGUUAGGAACUAACAUCGCAUCCAAGGGGAAGUAACUGCCUUCCUUGUAUCUUCCCGUUAUGGAGAUUGGAUAAGCUUUGCGGCGCCUUGUGAGCCUCUUGGCUCGAACGCAGAGUUUUCUUUACUGGCAUCAAAUUGCAAAUUUAAAACUACAGUCGUUGACGGUGUAGCUUUGAUGACUCAGAUUAAAACGCCAGCGAUUUUUUUUUAAACCAGCGAUUUGAUGUAAGCGUCAACGAUUGAGAUUUAACACUGGAAAUUUAUCAUUUUGUAUUGAAACGAUUUGCUAUUUAGCGAUAAAAAAAUUUUAACUCUAAGGGUUUGAACUAUUUUCACUCUAUAUUUGUGAGCAGCAAUAACGAUUGAUGCUUUACAGUAGCAAUUUUCACUCAGCGAAAUAACUCCCCACACUUUUCAAAAUUGCGCUGUAACCAUUAACCCCUAAAAUCCUGAGAUCCAAUCAAAAUUGAGAUGCAUUGGAGUUAUAACGAUAACAAACCAAUACUGGUAGUUACGUAGCAGUAUCUUCUAAGAGGAGAAAACAUUGAGAAUUUGUUUUUUUUUCCUGUUGCACAGGUUAUCACUGCAACAUGAAGCUGUCCUUCGUGGUAAUUUCCGCCGCUCUUCUCAUGUCACAGUUUUUCCUCGCUCAAGGCCUCUUCCUUCCAUGGUCGAAAAUCAAGAAUGACUCCACUGACGGCUUUCUCAUUUCCAUGAAACGACUUGACUUGAAUAAGAAGAAUGAAGGCGGCGACCUUGAAAAGCUGAAGAAUAUAACCAGGCAGGUAUCUUUGGACAACAGGUGUUUUGGAGAUCCGGAAGGUCCAAUAUCCGUGGGGUUUCACAGCUAUCAUCCUUACGUCUCUUUUGCCAUGGCAGGUAAAUCCCUCCACCUCCGUGGUAUGUUCCCCUCUAUACUAGCAGACACACUGGACUACUGCUGUCAGGGUGGGAUGGACAAAGUAAAAUUUGCCAAGAUGUUUAAAACGCCGCUGGAGGCAGAGGAUCGUUUCCUAAAGGAUGACGUAAACGAAUACGACUUUACCUUUCCAGUUCACGCGCCCGAGGGAACAAAGUCGUUUCGGGAUCACCCGUUCAUCCCGCUAGUGCACGUACCCAGUGUGGUGUUCCUGGCGUAUGAUGGGAAUGAAAGAACCACUAAGACCCAUGCCAUUGCUACGACCAUUCUGAAGGCCUGGCCCAUCAUGGUGUUUAUUCUUCUUACGGCUACUUUCUCUGGUAUCAUCAUUUGGUUCUUGGUGAGCAAUAUACAUGAUAUUUACCGGUCUGUUGACUGUAGAUUUAGGGUUGUCCACCCCUCUCCCCUUGGGCGCCUUCUCAACCCUUUUUCCUCUGUAUAAGUCAGUGAAAAUACCUCAAGUUCGCCUACGUGUAGAGUAUCCAAGAUAUUCGAUGAACUACCAACUGAACUUAAAAAUAUAAUUAUCAUCCAAUUAUUAUUAUCAUUGCAAGAACUAGAGCUUUUGGAUUCAACUCAAAGAGUUCUCUGACCCGGACAUCUCAGUAGAUCAAUCGGUAUCGAAUUGAAAAGAGGGACUCAGAUUUUACUCUGUUCCAUGCUCGAAAGAAUUAUCUAUCAUUUCUGUAAACAUCUUUUACUUUCAAGGAUCAUCGCCAAAAUCCGCAAGAAUUCCCUCAGUCCUUUAGGAAAGGAGUCUGGGAAGGAUUCUGGUGGGCAUUGGUUACCAUGACAACAGUCGGGUAGGUAACGCCUGUUCAAUAAUCUUUUGAGCAGUCUCGUGCUUUUUCUCAAGAUGCAAGGCAAUAUUAAUUGCAGGCACUUUUCUCAACAGCUACGGAGAUCGUUCUCCCAAAUCCCUUCUUGGCCGAGUGUUUUGCAUUGUGUGGAUAAUCACCGGUCUUGUAAUAAUAUCCAUCUUUAUUGCUAUGGUAACAGCUUCGCUUGCAGCCACGACCCAUCCUCACUUCCCCAUCCAUGGAUCGCUGGUAAGUAAAGAUUUGAUCUGCUUUUUUUUUUCUUUCUUUUUAACUUCAACAAUCUCGUCCUUAGGGCGCGUUUCCCUCUUAAUAUAUGUUUGCGCGAGGGCAGCGGAGGAGGUAAGGAUCUUCCUGAAUUAUCCAGGUAUGGCCGACGCUUCAGUAGGGGCAAACCUAUUAAAAAAAAAAACUAUCCUGAGAAUGUUCCUCAUAGGACUGCUUGUGAAGCGGCGAAAUAGUUUUUGAUGACAUCCUUUAACCCUAAAAGUGCCCAAUAUAUAACUUCUCUCUAUAAUAUCCAUACAUCCUCCGGCAAAUCGGUUAUGAAAAUACUCCAAAUUAUCAGGUAAAAGUUUUUCAUCCUGAUCUAGCACCAUAACUCGCAACUAAUUUACAAGGAAAUUACCAAUCACAUCUUUGGAGUUAAGGGGUUAAAAAUAUUCGCUUGUCAUCGGUUGAAAUAAUAAAAUGAUAGCGUGAGAAAAUAUUGAUCACCUUUAAACUGCAUAGGUGAAACGACUGUGUUUAAUCAUGAUGCACACUCUUUUCACGUCAGUUGCAAAUGACGUCUUAAAAUACAGUUAAGCUUAUACUUUACAGCUCUUGUUACUUUUGUUACGUUAUUUUACAAUCGCAGAUUGGAGUCGUAAAUGGCAGUGAGGAAUACAAGCUGGGAGUUUUGAUGAAUGCAGAAAUGAAGAGUAAGAUAUAUAUGUUAUAGAGUUUCAUUCACCCUUGAACCCGAAAGAGUGACCAGCACCUGAUUUUUCCUUACAGCAAUACUUGUGAAUUAUACAACAAGAUCGGGAGGCUCGAACCGCGCAUGUAGCGCGCACGCAGCCUCGUGUAACUAAGUAACACUCCGUUUUUAGGUUCAGCUUAAUCUUAAAUUUCAUCUUGUAUUGGUUGAAGUUUUCUGUUAACGAUGGUCAAGUUUAACUAUCUUUCGAUCAAUGAUUGCUUCGGUGAGGCGUCAUCUUCUUUUGCUAUAAACACAAGAACCGUUCCAAACUAAAGAGAAAACAGCAAUCUAAAAUUAAAAACGUCACGAUUUUCACGUGUUCUUUUCCACCUAUGUACAGUCUUUCCCAAAAUAUACGGUGUAACGAAAGCUCUACUCGAAUCGAAAAUUGACGGAGCAUUCGUGGACAGCUUCACGAUAACUGCGCACCUGGACCUUAUUAAAAGCCAUCCAAUCAGGACUGAGCGAACGAUUGAACAUCCGGUGACGUAUGGUAUGGUUUUGGCGGGAAAUUCAACGCGCAUGGCAGAUUGCGCCAGGAGUUAUCUUGAAAACUACCCGAGGAAAGUUUUUCAGAGAAUCGCUGAUCACCUCAAGCCCUUGAAAGUAAGUGUUUUGUUCGUUUUUUCUUUGCUUGAUGACUUGUUUUGACUUGUUUUGACAAGGGAAUAAUUGACUUGUUUACAUGUUAACUUGUUUGCUUGAUUGAACAAGGUUUUUAAAUUACGCGCUUUACUCAAGAGGGUGAAAAUAUCAUGUGGUCCAUUUUACUUGCUCCGGUUGGAAUACUUAUCUUUUGGUCUUUCCUCGGAGAAAUUAUCAACACCAAAUAAACUGCGUUUACUGUUGUGGAUCAUGGCGGCUGAAAAGUAAUAAAAAGUUUUUUCAUUUACAUGUUUUUUUAGGAGAGAGAGAUACCACUAUGCACACCACUUUACUUUUUACAGUUCCUUGCUAAAAAAAAAUGGGCUGGGAAAAAGUUAUGUCUCCAUGCAGACGAACUCUAAAAUUUCAAAAAUAGUUUCGUCGCCAGAGUCCUGAAACUGGGAAUGGCAACAGUCCCUGUUAAGGAAUACCCUAACCCGGACGUUCACACCACAUAAUCAUCUGUUACUCUUCAGUUCGAACCAUUUAAUCGUGCUUUGAUUGUUUCCAGAAUCCAUCAGACUCGAUCAGUGAAGAGGUGAUGGCAGCUGAGAAGUUAUUUUACGAAGAAGGUGCUUUCAAGCUGAUUGUGUACUGCGGUGUCGCCAUUCUGGGAUUACUGUUUAUCGCUGGGCUGCUGUACGAGGUUCUUGCUAAGAAAUAUCUGCAGCGUAAGUCGAGCUUAGCUAUGUAUAUACUGAUUUAAUUAAAAAGGCUUGUAAGGUAUGAACUCCUGUAACUAUUUCCCUGAAUAAUCUCUCUUGACACUUCACUGUGAAAUAACUAGAAAGAACUCGAGAUUUCUAUUAUAUAAUAGUUGACGAGGGAGAAGACCAAACUAGUCUUUACUCAAAGAAAUCGAGAGCGAAUAAUUUGAUUGUUUGAGAAUAAGUCUACUAGAUGUUCAAUAAUGCAGUCUCGUGUUCUUAUUAAAUCUUGUUUCCAAACGCACACAGUUAGGCCAUUCACUCCAGCCAUAAUCACAGAAUAGAAAGCGAGUAGUGUAGCCAAUUGGAUUGCAGCAUUUGUUAUAUGAAGAUAUGUAGCUGCAGGUUUUAAUACUUACCAUUUUUUAGGGAUAGUCCUCAAGAAACGCAAAAUAGAACUCCCGCAAUAUUUUAAUCCUACAGGAUGAUGCAUUGCUAAAAGAUAGCAUUGUUUUUUACUGCAGCGAAACGACUGAGAGAGGAGAACAACUACCAGAACGUUGAGUUGGUCAAGCAAACAAACCCGGCUGAUGACCAGGCCUCCAACCCAACUGAGGGAGAUCUGGAAGAACUUCUACAAGAUUAUAAGGCUUUCCACGACUCUUGGGUUGCAAAGUGUAAAAGGCUUCAUGGGAAACCAUAUGGCUGUUAAAUCCAGCAGAUUGUCCCGUUUAAACACAGGACAAUUAUUGUCUUAAGAACAUUCUUUGUUUUAUAGUUUAUUAAGGUGUAAUUAUUACUAAGGUGUAUCACUGAAAUUGAGUCGGUGUUCUAUUGACUUAGCCCCCUCAGUAGUUUCAGUAGUUUCAGUCAAAAGUCACAUGGUAGUGCAAAGCAAAUCAGACUCCUCACGGUCAGUUACAUGGAGUAAGAUUCGGGUACGAGAUCAGCACGUCAUGUAAAGACCAUUACUUGGGAUGCAAGGGGAAAACAUGGUAACUCUUUUUCAAGUGCAGUUUGCUGUGGAAUAUCUUAGAAAAUCGCACUAUUCUCACAGACAGGAAAAUGUGCCGGAUAAUCAUCUUUUUAGAACCACUAAAACAACAAAUUAAGGUUUAAUAGUUAACAGAAGCUGUGUCAUAGGGACGGGAAGAAGGGUAGCGUGUUUACAUCCGUGUUACCACCAAAUUCAGACCAUUAUUAAGAUCAUUCGUUUGGAAGGUUUGCAAAUGUACAGUUUUUUACACUCAGUUGAGUGCACGGGGCAAUGAAUAAACAAGAUAUUUUUUGCCUUCCAAAUAAGUCAUCACAUGAUUCAGAUUGAGUGGCAACAAGGUUGUAAGCAGGUCACCCAAAUCCGUCUGUUUCCUUUUAACACUACAGUAACGGCUUUGUGUUAUUUCGGCUUCUCGUUGGAGUAGAGCCAGGCUCAGAAAAAUUUUACAUCUUUUUCCGGUUUUUAUGAGCUAGCCCAGUGGCACCCAGCUAACAUAGUGUAUGUCCAAAGAUGCGAAAGUUCUUUUGAUAUGAUGAGGAAAAAUUUUGCCUUCUACCCACGACAUACUAUCAUAUAUCAUAAGACCUGAAAUCCAAAGCAAGAGUAACUAGAAUCAAGUCGCUAACCCACUGAGUUAAAACGGCUAAUAUCGGAAUGGACAAAAGAGCUUAGACUUCACCUCAUUCGAUAAGUUACACAAAAUACUGCACUUUUUAUCGUUAUACCGCUAGGAUAAUCCACAAGCUGAAGGCAUAUAGUUUCAAGCCUUUUCGAACUAAGUUAUCGUAUCAUUAUACUGGUAGAAAUUAAGCAAGAUCUCUUAUACUGAUUUAACUCAAAAUGUUCCUUUUUUUCCAAGGAUUUACUGCGAUAGGAAACGACCGGUUUUUUAUCGAUCAUAGUAAAUUAGUUAUCCUAUUUAUGUUGUAAGGAGAUAAGGACGUGUUGGUCAUUCAUGGUUUUCUGUGAGAAAGCUCCACCUUUUACCCCUACUCUGUUAACAUCCGGGAAGUGUUGCCGUAUCCUUGGGGUAAACUUGCUUUUUUGUGGCCUCAAAAUGCAUCAAAGAUACACCUUGUGCCUCGGGUGUGGGGUCAUGGUUGGGUUGCCGUGGGUUGCACCACUUGGAGCGAUACUAACCAAAUAUCAUGGAAAACUAUAACUUAAGAUAAAAGAUUUAAAAAAAAUAAUGGUGCUGUUGAAGUUUUUGCUUUACAAAUAUUAAGGAAAAGUUAAAUCAGAAUGUCGCCCACAAAACUCAGUAUUCGACCUCUGGGAAACUGUAACAGAACCUUUCCUAAUAAAUUAAAGCCCAA